UAGAUUUUAAUAGUUUUAUUUGAAAAUAUAGCUAAUUUUAUUUCUAUUGUUUUGCUAUGUGUUGUGAUAUUUGAUGAACUUUUAUUAAAACAUUUUAAAAUCCACAUAAAUAGAUAUGCUGUAAACAUUUAGUAGACAUGAAUAUCGAUGCAAACGAAUACAACAAAUCAAAUGAAUCUCAAGUCAGGGAUGGAAAGGCACUCAUCGACACUAUUGUCUCUCAAAACCCUAAUGAAGAUUAUGACAUUAUUUUGGACAUCGGGUGCGGAACAGGAAAUGUGACCAAAUUAUUGGCCGAUGUGUUCAAAGUGAAACAAAUCAUUGGCAUCGAUGUCGACAAACAAAUGAUUGAUUUUGCAAAUGAAAACAAUUGCAACCAAAUUAUCACAUAUUAUGUACAGGACUUUGGGCUGACAUGGGAUGGAUUGAGUCCGCAAAUGCGGGAACUGGAGGGCAAAGUACUUUUGAAAACUUGUGGCAAAAUAUAUGUGAAUAUUGGCUGGAAUUCCGAUCUGUAUAUGAAUUCCCGUAUGAAUGAGAUGACGGAACUGGAUGUCUGGGAGGAUUUAUUCAAUUCACAUAACUUUCAGAUUAUUUCACACGAGUUUUGUCUUAAAGACAAUGUUUAUGAACUGAACGCUUUUAAACAAACGGUCAUUACAUGCAAUAAGUUUGUCGACAAAACUGACAAAGAAUUUCUGGACGAAUAUCUGAGUGUUCACAACAAAUACAGAGCCAAACAUAAGUCACCGGCACUUGCAAUGGACAGUAAGUUGGUAAAGGAGUCUAAAUCACGUUGCCUUGAUUAUGGGAAAGGCAUGGAAUCGGUGGUCCCGAGUAACAAUUAUACGGAAAAUUUUGGCGCAGUUUCGGGUCAGGAUAAAAGUGCACCUUGCACACUUAUGGUCGACAUGUGGGUUAGAAUUAAGCAAGGAAGCAUUGGUGCUCGAAGUACACCACCAUCGACCAUCAAAAUGGCACCCGUUAUGAAUGAGGCGACCGGUGAGCACAGGUAUGCCACGGCUUCCGACACAUCUUCCGGUUCACCGAUACGUCUCAGCGGA